UUUCUGUUUUAGGGUUUAUAAAUGAAGAGGAGUGGUGGGUCGAAGAGUGUUCCGUCGUCAUCUUCCGCUUCUGCGCAUGUCGGAUCUUCUCAGUUUGGAAGAAAAGUUUGUGGUUGUGGCGACCAAUUACUGCUUCUUAAAGCAACUACUGCAAAGAAUAAUGGCAGAUUUUUCUUCCGGUGUCGAAAUUGGGCAAGUGAAUCAAAUUGUAACUACUUUCGAUGGGCUGAUGCGAUGGAAGCUGAAUUGGAAGGGAAGCGUGAGAUUGAAGAAGGAGAGAAUGAAAAUUUAAGUUACAGUGACACAAUGAUACUACAGUUGGUGCAAAAGAAUGCGAAACUAAAGAAGAAGUUAUUGGCAGAGAGAAAAUUGGGAGAAAUAAAGCUUUUUUUUUAUUUUGUCUUGGGCUUUUACUGUCAUACUUUGUGUUUUAUUUCUGUUGAAGUCAAAUUGUAA